CCCACCAAAGAAGCAGCUGAAUACGAGCUCCUUCAUUCCGCAUAAGUAAGAAAAAAUUUCAGGAUUUCGUAGUUUCGGAGCUCUUUUCUUCGUUUCCUCUUACAGGUAUACCUUCAAGAAAUUAAGAAUUAUUGAAAUAUCCCAUUCUUCUUUUCAUAAUUUCUGUUUAAAUUUGUGGGGGAUUCAGAAUGUUGAGGGAUUUCAAAUUUAUGCGCCGAAAUUCCGGCAAGAAUCCCAACGCAGAGGAAAUCGAGAAUGUCCCUAUAAAUCCCAGGGACUCUUUAGGUCCUCAGAUUAUCAAGGAUUCUCAGAGGCCCCCUCUAUAUGCAAUUCAAGAACCAAUCCAGAAUUCUAAAGGUGGUAUAGAUCAAAAAUUGAGUGGUGUUAAGGUUAAUAAAACUGACAGAACCCCCGUUAAGCCAAAGUCUAAGAAGUCAGAUUCAACAAUGCUGCAUUCCACUCCAGAAAAACAAGGGCUAGUGUCAAAAAAUCACUUUGGGUGGGCCCAGAAGAGUGACUGUUACUCUAGUUCUAGUGCCGUUGAGUCGAGGGAGGAGUGAAGGGCA